AUGAGUUCGACUUCGUCUGCAUGUGCGCAGGAGGCUCCGAACUUAAGGGGAACACCUGAGUCGCCCUUAACAUCCACGGAAACUCGCCCACAAGCUUGCGAAAGAUGUUGGAAGAGGAAACAAAAAUGCGACCGACGUCUGCCGGCAUGCACCUCGUGCAGUGGGCUAGGGGCCGAGUGUAUCCCACGGAACCAAGAUUUCAACACAGUAUCUGAGCUGUCUCACACUUCAGUCAUUGGUUACGUGUCGUCAUUGAAAAGACGGAUCGCCAAUCUGGAAGAACAAUCGCUCCAUCGAAAACGGUCGCGUACGCACAGCGGUCGCGCUGAAUCAUGUCAUGGCUCUUCUCCAAUGGAUGACAGUCUUACGAUACCUCGAGAUGCUAUCUCGAUAACCUCAAGCCGUGCGCUCGACACUGUCAACAUCAAUAGACAUGGCACCGAAGAUUCUUCUGUGAGAGCCACAAUGGGGGCGAUCGGCUUCUUAUCACGAAAUGCAAUGGCCGAGCCCCGAGAUAAUUCCGAUGAUCUACCCAGGAAGUUUUCCUUAGCAGAGGUGAUCUCCGGGGCCUUGGCUAUUGAUGGACGCGACCCAUCCGCAGCUAUGCCGGCACCUCAAACUCCUGAUAUGAACAGUCGCCUCAGUUCAGAGAGCCAGGAUCUAACGCUUGAGCAUGUCCGGAAAUUCCUGGAAUGGCCAAUCAUUAUGCCAUACAUCGACAAGGACAUUUAUCUCCGGCAAUGUGAGGAUGUUAUGGCAUGUAGAACUGACUGCCAUGCUGCACAGAGCCCUCCGCCAUUACAUGUUUUCAAUCUUCACAUGGCUUGCGCUAUUGGAAUUUCGCUCUCUCCGACUUCUACUCACCUUUCAUUUCUUAACGCAAGCCUUCACUCUGCCGCCCUCGGCGAACUUCCUUCCAUCUUGCGCACCGAAUCGACCCUUGAGCACAUACACUGCAUGAUCAUGCUUACUAUCUACUCUCUUUAUAACUCCUCCGGUGGCUCUGCCUGGCAUUUAUUAGGUCUGGCUAUGAAAACAUGUAUCUCGCUCGAUCUGCACCGAGAGCCAGACGUGAACUCGAGCAUUGGGCUACCUGAAGCUGACAGACGGCGAUGGUUGUUUUGGGCCGUGUACUCCUUUGACCGCAUGCUCAGCCUUGUCAUGGACCGCCCUUUGAGCAUCCAGGAUGAUUACAUUUCGGUACAACUCCCAGCGGAAGACGAUGGCCUAUCCAUUACAACGGAGACGCCGCAUCAAAUAUCGCAAAUCAUUCGCUAUCUUGUACUCUACUCUCAACUGGUUUCAAGUAUCCGGUCAGGAAGACGAGAGGACAUUCUACUUACCUACAGUAAUAUCGUUCAUUGGAGAGAUCUACCUCCCAACGUUGAUCGUCAAUCGCCUUCUGCUCCGCAUCUUCUGUAUCUUUUUGAACAGCUAUCUUGUCGGGCAUUGAUUCAUCUUGCAUCUUUGACGCCUCAAACAAUCGUGCGAAAUGAAUUUUGGCUAGGAAACAACCAAGAUCUUGAGACUGAUACCAUUAACACAUCAUAUCAGUUUAUCAACCGAUCUUACGAUCUGUUUAUUAAGGGAAGUUUUGUUUGCAGCUUCAUUGAUGCAUAUGACAUCUUUCAAGCUGCGGUCGCUUUUGCAUGCCUGACCCGUCGAAGAAGUCAAAAUGACUUUGCCGCGCGUCGACUCGCCGAAGUGACAGAAGUCAUUAGCAAAGCCUCGACGCUUGUGACGAUCGCCGCAUCACGAUUUCCUGCACUUGCAGCAUUUCAACAGGUCUUACUUAGCCUUUCCACCAGAAGUAUGGAAACUGAUGAAACAACAUCUAAUACCGUCUCGUGGAACCAUUUCCCAGAUAUUAUUCCACGUCGAUCUCAACGACUCAUUCGAUUUGCCUUCACGUAG